UCACACAAUGUUCACAGUGGAACUUAGAGUGUGUGAGUCUACAGUCUGAACUCUGCAGAGUCUGAACCUCAGCUGCUCUGACUCUGUGUCAUGAGUCCAACCAGCUGUUAACUCGUCUCUUCUUCCAUUGAUCCACAUUCACUUCUCACAGAAUGAAAGACAGAGGUCUGUGUUCAACUCUGGUUGUGUGGAUCCUCAUCAUGUGGACUUUCACCACAGCAGAUGUUGAGGUCGCCUGCGUUUUAGAGGAGAGCAGCAUCUUACCCUGCAGUUUUCAACCUGGUCCAGACCCAGAAAUUUACUGGAUGAAGGUGAUACCAGGAAACACUCCUGUCCACUCCUACUACAGUGCCAGAGACCAGUUUGCACACCAGGGCGAACGCUUCAGAGGCCGGACAUCACUGUUCACAGAUCAGAUCUCCAGAGGAAAUGCCUCCAUCAGGCUGACAGGGCUGCAGCUUCAGGACUUGGGCAGAUACGAGUGUUACACCAGCACCCUCACUGGAGCCGGCAAGUCGUCAUUUAUCAACCUGAGAGCAGCUGCUCCGGUGCGUCACGUGGACAUUGAGCAGGUGGAGGACAGCUUCACCUGCCGCUCAGAGGGGAUCUACCCCGAGCCGCAGCUCACCUGGUCCACCAGGCCUCCGUCCAACUUGACCCUUCAGAGCCAAACCACAGUGAAGGAGACGGAGCAGCAGCUCUAUGAGAUCAGCAGCACACUGACACUGUCAGACAGAGACACUGUUCUGAUCUGCAGCAUCAGCACUCACCAUGGCAGGAGGAGCGCAGUGUGGUAUCAACCCACUCCCGUCCCUGUGUCCCUGUUUAAAACAACAACAACAAUCCACUGCACUGCUCCAAACACCAAACCCCCGACACACUGGGUGUGGAAAUUCAACCACAGUCAGAUCAUUGUGAACCAGACCGGGGUCGACGGCCUCCACAGCGUCUCAGAGCAGUGGAGGCAGCAGGUGGAGGAUGUGUCAGCGUCAGGCAGCCUCACACUGCACCACCUAUCUUCAGAUCACCAGGGAACGUUCACCUGUGAACUCAGUAGUGAAGAGGAGACGCACUUCAUCAACAGCUACGUGACGAUAGAGAAAGCUGCAGCAAUUGUGGUCGGAGUCCUCGUUGUGUGUGUAGCAUUAGGAGCUGGAGCAGGAAUCUUCUAUUUUAUAAGACUAAAGAUCACCCACCAUCAGAUGCUUCAGAGGACACAUUUAAAAUACAGAUAUGGUGAGCUCUCAAAGACUCGGUGUAAAGUCGUGGCCUCAGUCCUGAAGUCAGACCCCUCACUUCUGACAGAACUGGAUCUGAGUCACAACGAGCUGCUGGAUUCAGAAGUGAAGCUGCUGUGUUCUGGACUGGAGAGUCCAAACUGUCGACUGGAGACUCUGAGGUUGAGGAGCUGCAGACUGUCAGAGAUCAGCUGUUCUUCUCUGGCUUCAGCUCUGAGGUCAAACCCCUCUCAUCUGAGAGAACUGGAUCUCAGUGACAACGACCUGCAGAACUCAGCAGUGGAGGAGCUGUGUGGUUUUCUACAGAGUCCAACCUGUCAACUGGAGACUCUGAGGUUGGAGCACUGCAGACUGUCAGAGAUCAGCUGUUCUUCUCUGGCUUCAGCUCUGAGGUCAAACCCCUCUCAUCUGAGAGAACUGGAUCUGAGCUACAACAAGCUGAGCGACCCAGCAUUGGAGGAGCUGUGUGGUUUUCUACAGAGUCCAACCUGUCGACUGGAGACUCUGAGGUUGGAGGGCUGCAGUCUGUCAGAGAUCAGCUGUUCUUCUGUGGCUUCAGCUCUGAGCUCAAACCCCUCUCAUCUGAGAGAACUGGAUCUGAGUGGAAACGGCUUGCAGGACUCAGCAGUGGAGGAGCUGUGUGUUUUUCUACAGAGUCCAACCUGUCGACUGGAGACUCUGAGGUUGGAGAGCUGCAGACUGUCAGAGAUCAGCUGUUCUUCUGUGGCUUCAGCUCUGAGGUCAAACCCCUCUCAUCUGAGAGAACUGGAUCUGAGUAACAACGACCUGCAGGACUCAGAAGUGGAGGAGCUGCUUGAUCUACAGCAGAGUUCAACCUGUCGACUGGAGACUCUGAGGUGGUGGUCUUAGUGGAGCUGAUUGUGAAGAGGACAGUGUGUGUGGACUGAGGCUAAGCUGUGUCCUGAGGAUCCAGAGGCUGAAGCAGCAGCAGCUUAUGUGUAGAGCGGCUCUGACUGGGCCUCGCUGCUGGGAGGCAGAGUGGAGACAGAGCUCCAGAGGAAUCAGAGGAGGUUGUUGUAAUAUGUAACUUCACCACUAGAUGGCCUUCCACACCGAUUGUGUUUAUUCACAUGAAGAAUGUGUUUAUUGAAAUGACAUAACACAAGCAGAAUAUAUAAACCCUCUGUAAAGAGUCACAUAUAUGUAUUUUUUUAUUUUUUUAUUCUGCUCCACCUUUGUCCCUCAAUAUUUCUCCAUGUUGGUAUAACCACAUUCUGUUUAUAUGUUUGUUUAUGAUCUUAAAGUUCCUGGAUUCACGUCAGAAAAAUCAAAUCACUUUGAGUUUAAAAAUUUAGUUUUGUCUUUGACACAAAAGAUCAAAACUCUGGACUUAAAAAUGGGACGUUUUCAUUCCUGCAUCAGGUGCAGAGCGGUGGUGGCUUUUCUACUUUUGACCCACAGGUGGCGCUGCAGUAUAACAGCAGCACAUCCCAGUCAAAGCCUUUAUAUUCAGUCUAUGAGUCAAACACAUGGAUCAUUUCCUCUGUGACAAACCAGAUGUAACGAGAAGAAAAACAUCUCAGAGAGAAAAGUUCUGUUUCUACUUGUCUCUGCUUUAAUGCUCAAUAAACAUCCUUCCACCGAC